ACCUUCUUCGUACUUUCAUUAAUCUCUCUUGUUCUCCAUUGCAAGGCCGCGAGUGCGAUUGCCUGUGAACUACCAAUUUAGUUUUUCCUAACGCUUCCAACUUCUGGUCCGUCUCCGCCCACCGGCUGGUCGAACCACGCAUCCUCCGUAACCGCCAUCAUGGCGAGCGUAGCGUCACCCAACACCUACCUGGGCGAGAAGACGUCGUCUCGUCGCUCAGGCAGAUCAAAAUCACGCUCCCCAGCACCAAAUGGCCGGAAGCAGCAAAAGUCACAACAGAAGGUUCAAGGCUACACCUCCGAGGGAGUGCAGGAUCAUGACAUCCUCAAUCUCCCAAGCUCGGAUUGGUCAUUGCUGGCCAUGUUGACCGUUGUAGCUACCGCUGUGCGGCUUUUCAGGAUUCAACAGCCGACCAGUGUUGUAUUCGACGAAGUCCACUUCGGUGGUUUUGCGUCCAAAUACAUCAAGGGCAGGUUCUUCAUGGAUGUCCACCCCCCGCUUGCGAAGCUCCUCAUUACACUGGCUGGUUGGUUGGGCGGGUUCGAUGGAAACUUUGACUUCAAGGAUAUCGGCAAGGACUACCUCGAGCCCAAAGUCCCCUAUGUCACGAUGCGCUUGUUGCCCGCCAUCUGUGGUGUUCUCACCAUUCCGACCAUGUUCCUUACGCUCAAGGCGGCGGGUUGCCGUACGACGACCGCGGCAUUGGGCGCGGGGCUUGUCAUCUUCGACAAUGCGCUCGUUACCCAAUCCCGUCUCAUUCUCCUCGAUUCGCCCCUUAUUAUCUUCACGGCCCUCACCGCGCUCGCAUGGACAUGCUUCAUGAACCAACACGAACAAGGACCCGCAAAGGCAUUCAAGCCGUCAUGGUGGUUCUGGCUGGCUGCCACUGGUGUCGGACUCGGCGCGACUGUCAGUGUUAAGUGGGUUGGCCUAUUCACAAUCGCAUGGGUUGGCAGCUUGACGCUCGUGCAACUUUGGGUUCUACUCGGAGACACCAGGAACGUGACCCCACGUUUGUGGUUCAAGCAUUUCUUCGCCCGCGUGUUCUGCCUGAUUGUCAUUCCCGUAUCCUUCUACAUGGCUAUGUUUGGAAUUCACUUCAUCUGCCUCGUCAACCCUGGCGAGGGUGAUGGCUUCAUGUCUUCCGAGUUCCAGGCAACACUGAACUCCAAGGGCAUGCAGUCUGUGCCAGCCGAUGUCGCGUAUGGAAGUCGCGUCUCUCUGCGUCACUGGAACACUCAAGGCGGAUACCUCCAUUCCCACAGCCACAUGUACCCGACCGGCAGCAAGCAGCAACAAAUCACCCUCUACCCCCACAAGGACGAGAACAACAUCUGGAUCUUGGAAAAUUCCACACUGCCAGUCAUGCCAGAGGACUACAACGGACCGAAUCUGACCAGCCCUAAAGCUUGGGAUAACAUUGGCCCCACUUAUAUCGAGGACGGCGGCAUUAUCCGGCUCUACCACAUUACCACCGACCGACGUCUCCACUCCCACGAUGUUCGCGCACCUGUCACCGAGGCUGAGUGGCAGAACGAGGUCUCCGCAUAUGGUUACGAGGGAUUUGAGGGUGAUGCAAAUGACUUGUUCAAAAUCGAAAUUGUCAAGGCCAAGUCCGAUGGGGCUGUCGCCAAGAAGCGUGUUCGUACCAUUGAGUCCAAGUUCAGGCUCAUUCAUAUCAUGACUGGAUGCGCACUUUUCUCGCACAAGGUUAAACUUCCUGAUUGGGGAUUUGAGCAGCAGGAGGUUACAUGUGCCAAGCAGGGCACAUUGCCAAACAGCAUCUGGUAUAUUGAAGGCAACGUACACCCUUUGAUGAUCGACGGCGAGGUGGAAAAGGUCAACUACCGCAACCCAGGCUUUUUUGGAAAGUUUUGGGAGCUGCAAAAGGUCAUGUGGAAGACCAACGCUGGUCUUACCGAAUCGCACGCCUGGGACUCCCGCCCUCCCUCCUGGCCUAUCCUCCACCGAGGCAUCAACUUCUGGGGCAAACACAACCGUCAGAUUUAUCUCAUUGGCAAUGUUUUCAUCUGGUGGACAACUACAGCGCUCAUCGGCCUUUACGUCGUUAUCAAGGGUAUUGCUAUUCUCCGAUGGCAGCGCGGUUGCCGCGAUUACAACAACGUCACUUUCAAGCGGUUCGACUACGAGGUUGGUAUGACUAUCCUAGGAUGGGCAUUUCACUACUUCCCAUUCUUCCUGAUGGCGCGCCAGCUGUUCUUGCAUCAUUACCUGCCCGCUCUUUACUUCGCCAUCCUCGCUCUUUGCCAGAUGUUUGACUUUGUGAGCUACCGAUUCAGCGUCUUUGGUCUGCGAAAAUACCCCGCCAUCGGCCAAGCAGCAGCUGUCGGUUUCUUGGCUAUCGCUAUCGCUGUUUUCACUGUCUACUCUCCACUUGCCUAUGGUAAUGCAUGGACCAAAGAUGCUUGCAACAGUGCCAAGCUCUUCAGCUCUUGGGACUGGGACUGCAACAACUUUCUUGAAUCCUACGAAGCGUAUAACACCAUGACUACUGAGCCCGUGCCUUCUAUCGCAGCGCCUGCAUCAGCGCCUCCAGUGGUCCCAGCACCUGCUGCGCCGGAGGUUGUUCCCGAGGUUCAGCCCAAGCAGCCAAAGGAGCAACCAAAGGAAGCAAAAGAGGAGAAUGUCACGUCUGAGAAGCCUCUUGUAUCUGCAGCCGCUCAGGAAGCCUUGAAGGACUAUCCCGUUGUAAAGAAAGAGGAGCGCAUUGAGUACCGCGACGAAAACGGCCGUGUUCUUGACGACGAGGAAGUGGCUGCGCUUGCCGGUAAGGUCAGCUUCAAGACGCGCUACGAGACUCGCACCCGGGUCGUCGAUGGCAAAGGCAACGAGAUCUACGAGGGUCUCGUUGAAGCCCAUGGCGACACGGAGGAGUACGGUGUCGCGCCACCUCACCCCGAUGUAGAAGGCCGGAACCCGGAGACUCGGGACAAGGCCAAGACUCCUGGGGCUAGUGACGUUCCGCCUACUGUUGAGGCUGACGAAGACCAACAGAAGGAACAGAGCGUUGAGAAACGCCGAGAGGAAGCUCAACCUGCUAGCGAGGCAAACUCUGCCACCAAGUAGUGCGCAGAGUUGAUUGUUCCUCUACUUCUGAAGACACUUUCAUUGUGUUCUUUUCUUCAUAUUUUUCCUAUGUAUCGUAGGGACGGGGCAUACUUAGCAACGUUAUGGAGCUAGUGGCGCUGGGUCUGGUCUCAUAUACACAUAUUAACGGCACGUGGUAGAGAUGUGUUUCGUCUGCAUGUGUUUUGUACGAUUAUACAUAAUACGAUGUGCGAAAAUC